AUGCGGGAGUACAAAAUCGUCGUUUUGGGAUCGGGAGGAGUCGGAAAGUCGGCGUUGACCGUGCAGUUUGUUCAAGGCAUUUUCGUCGAGAAGUACGAUCCAACGAUUGAGGACAGCUACAGAAAACAAGUGGAAGUCGAUGGUCAACAAUGCAUGCUGGAGAUUCUGGACACGGCCGGCACGGAACAGUUCACAGCGAUGCGUGAUUUGUACAUGAAGAACGGACAGGGAUUCGUGCUCGUUUAUUCCAUCACAGCACAAUCGACAUUUAACGAUUUGAUGGAUCUUCGUGAUCAGAUUCUUCGCGUUAAGGACACUGAUGAGGUUCCAAUGAUUCUGGUAGGCAACAAGUGUGAUUUGGAGGACGAGCGUGUCGUUGGCAAAGAUCAGGGACAGAAUCUCGCCAGGCAGUUUGGAUCAGCGUUCCUGGAGACGUCAGCCAAAGCGAAGAUCAACGUUAGCGAGGUAUUCUACGACCUAGUCCGCCAGAUAAAUCGCCGCUAUCCGGAAUCCGGUCGCCGUCAGGGACAAUCGAAUAAGCAGUGUUGCUCGUGUGUUAUCAUGUGA